UAACAUUGAAGUUGCUAUCGAUGUCUAUCCACCUCUACCGAAAACGCUACUUGGUUUUAAUUCCUGUUGAAAAACCCGGGAUUUAUUAAUAAAAACAUAAAAGCCAGCUCUUUCAGGAGUCGGCUGACAUACACAACUAAUCGUCCUCUUAAUAGGCACUACGAAAAUGGCGCGUGCCCAGAGUCCCGCCGGCGAGGGUGAGAAGGAAAAGGACACCAAGGAUAAGGACACCAAAGAGAAGGACGGCAAGACGACCAGCAGCUCCUCCCGCAGGGACCGCGAACGCAAACGCCGCGGAUCGGCGUCCUCCAGCAGCGACUCCAGAAGCAGCUCUUCGGACAGCAGCUCCUCCCGCAGCAGUUCCGGAUCAUCGCGCUCCAGCUCAAGCAGCUCCAGCGACUCCUCGAGCUCGUCCUCAAGCUCGUCCAGCGACUCCGAUCGCAGCGAGAAGAACCGGCGACGUGGUGGCGGUGCCUCAGGCAAGGAUAAAGACAAAGACAAGCCCAGCGCUCGAUCCCGUUCUCGGACCCGUUCGCCCAGGCGCGUCUCCAAAUCCCCCAGACCGGGCAGCAAGUCGCGGAAGGAGCCAGAGCGGGAUCGCGAGCGUCGCAGUCGCUCCCGGGAUCGAGCCCGCCGCGCUGGAUCCAACGAUAGGCCCGCCGUCGAAAGCAAUAAUGUGAAGCGCGAGCGUUCGCGCUCGGCCAGCCGCUCGAGGUCGCCACGCCGUCGUGGACGUGGCUCGGUGGACAGAACGCCGCCACCGAAGCGAAGGGAGCGCUCCCGGUCGCGCACACGCACCCGUUCGCCUACGCCCAAGCCGGUGCGCAUCCAUGUUGGCCGGCUCACCCGCAAUGUGACCAAGGACCAUGUGUUCGAGAUCUUCAGCAGCUUUGGGGACGUGAAGAAUGUGGAGUUCCCCGUGGAUCGUUACCAUCCGAAUUUCGGACGCGGCGUGGCUUUUGUGGAGUACGCCACCGCCGAGGACUGUGAGUCGGCCAUGAAGCAUAUGGAUGGCGGGCAGAUCGAUGGCCAGGAGAUCACUGUGUCGCCGGUUGUCAUACCCAAGCAGCGGCCGCCCAUGCGUCGUCCCUCGCCUCCCAUGCGCCGUCCGCAGAACAACCGCUGGCGAUCCCCGCCCCAGUUCAAUCGGUUCAACAACCGCGGCGGAGGAGGUGGCGGCGGCGGGCGUCGUCAGUCGCCCAUGAGGAACCGGCGCUCUCCGCGUCGCCGCUCCCGCUCGCCCAUCCGCCGCCGACGUCGCAGCAACAGCAGCGAUAGCUCUCGCUAGAGGACAACCCAGCUCGAUUCCUAGAUUAUACGAUUUGACACCCCGAUUAUGGACUUCUCUUUAUAUUAUAAUCCAAACAAUAAACGUGAGCGAGGGCCACACACGUAAUACUUAA